AUGUCUGUCACUCUUCAUACAUCUCAAGGAGACCUCAAGGUCGAGCUUUUCUGCGAAGCAGUGCCCAAAACUGCAGAGAACUUCAUCGCGCUCUGCGCAGCCGGCGCCUACAACGACACUCCGUUCCACCGCUUAAUCCCUGGCUUCAUGAUCCAAGGCGGCGACAUCUCCCUUGGACCAGCAGGCGACCCUUCUAGUGGCGGCACAAAACCCAUGCUCCCUUUCGACGACAUCCCCAAAGGCGGAACCUCAAUAUACCACCCCUCAGCACUAAAUCAAGAAAUCAGCCUCCCAGCCCUCCGGCAUAACGCGCGCGGCAUUCUCUCAAUGGCUUCGAGGCCCGUUAAGAACAUAACAGCGCCCGGGUCCCAGGGUGCGACAGGGUCAACCAUAAAUGGGAGUCAGUUCUUCGUUACUUUCGCUGCGGCGCCGCAUCUGGAUGGGACGAGUACGGUUUUCGGCAAAGUCUUGAAUUUGACGGCGCAGGACGAGGGUGGGGAUAUUCUUACAAAGUUGGAAAAGGCGAAUGUCAAGGUUGAUAAGAAGGGGAAGGUUGUACAGCCAAAGGAGGGCGAGGAGAGCGAGUUCGAGGCGCUUCGAAUUAACAGGGUCACCAUUCAUGCGAAUCCGUUUGCCUGA